AAAUAAAACACAUGGUUUGCGAUGGUUAGUUUGUUUGAGACACACUAGUAAUUUUCAACAUUUGAUUUUACCUCAUUCCGGCGACCGCAGCAUUAACGCUGUCAUACUGUGGCGGCCAACGAUUGGAAUUGCGCGACAACAGUGACAGUUCAUCCUAUGUAGUUGAGAACUCCAUUUCUACUGUUUCUGGCGACAUGGCCGAGAUUUCAACUUCAGGUUACAAGGAUUAUGUUGCUGGCUUACUCGCUGGUGUUGCCGCUGUUGCCACUGGCCACCCCUUUGACACCGUUAAGGUGAAGCUGCAGAAGCACAACACAGAGCCACAUCUAGUUCAGUACAGAAAUGGAUUACAUUGCACUGCUAGGAUAUUAAAGACCGAAGGAAUCAAAGGACUUUAUAGAGGAGCAACAUCAUCUUUUGUUGGGAUGGCUUUGGAAGGAUCCCUCUUUUUUGGCAUUUAUUCUCAAACAAAACAGUACCUUCAGGGAGGUGUGCAAAGUGGUGAGCCACGGCCUCAAGUGAUAAUACCAUCCGCAGCUUUUAGUGGUGCUAUAAACAGUUUUGUAUUAGGUCCAACAGAGCUGAUAAAGUGUAGGAUGCAGAUCCAAGGUGCCGACUGUUUACUUCCAAUGUCAAGUAGAUACAGUAGUCCCCUCGAUUGUGCCCUUAAAACUCUAAAAACUGAAGGGGUGAAAGGAAUUUAUCGUGGAAGUAGUACGACAUUGCUUAGAGAAUCUAUAGGGAAUGCUACCUUUUUCAGUGUAUAUGAAUAUAUGCGUUAUCACAUGCAUUCACAUAUCAAACCUGCUUCAUCCAAUUACAGCAACCUGAUUGAAAUUGGAAUUGGGGUUGUUACUGGUGGCAUUAGUGGUGUGGCUUUUUGGUUGGUAGUUAUGCCGCUUGACGUGGCAAAGACACUAAUUCAGACAAAUCCUGAUAAAACCUGUCCGAGGAAUCCUUUUACGAUCUUGAGUUCUAUCUACAAGAGGACUGGUUUGAAAGGGUGCUAUACAGGUUUGGGCCCCACAAUAGGUCGAGCAUUUCCGGCUAAUGCAGCAACAAUUGUCACCUGGGAGCUAGCAAUGAAAAUGCUUGGUAUUAGGCAUGACUAAGAUAGUACAACAAAGCUCAAGUAUGCUUUCAUGAAGUCCAUUUUACACAGAGUAGUGCUUUCAUGAAGUCCAUUUUACACUAGAACGAAGUUGGAUGAAGAGAGUAGUGCUUUUAAUUGAUUGCAUUUUGAAGAUCUUUAAAUUUUCAUUUUUUUGUUUCCUUCAAUUUUUUUACAUAUAUGAGGACAGCAUUCAUUAUUGCAUUUGAAUCUGCUUGUCGCUUAAUUUUGAGACAAGGCAGCUUGGUUAACGAACUUGGAACAAGGGGGCUUGAUUAACUGCUCCUUCUACACGUAUUUUUUUGUCCUGCAGCCUUAUGCAUAAAGCAUUUCUUUUAUCAUAUUGAAA